AUGGGGCUGCCACUGGGCUGCCUGGUGGCCCUGAGCCUGGCCCUGACCGCGGCCACGGGCGCGGAGCUGCGGAAAGAGGGCAGAGCCCGAAACCAUGGCCACAACGUCUGCAGCACCUGGGGCAACUUCCACUACAAGACCUUCGACGGCGACGUCUUCCGCUUCCCCGGCCUCUGUGACUACAACCUGGCCUCCGACUGCCGCGACUCCUACAAGGAGUUCGCCGUGCACCUGAAGCGGAGCCCCGGCGGCGGCGGGGCGCACCCCCAGGUCGAGCACAUCCUGCUGACCAUCAAGGAUGACGUCAUCUACCUCACCCGCCAGCUGGUCGUGGUGAACGGCGCCAUGGUCAGCACCCCACACUACGCCUCCGGGCUGCUCAUCGAGAAGAACGACGCUUACACGAAGGUCUUCUCCCGCGCCGGCCUGGCCCUCAUGUGGAACCGGGAGGACGCGCUCAUGCUGGAGCUGGACGGCAAGUUCCGGAACCACACCUGCGGCCUCUGUGGCGACUACAACGGCCUGCCGACCUACUCGGAGUUCUUGUCCAACGGCGUGUUCUUCAGUGCCAUCGAGUUUGGGAACAUGCAGAAGAUCAACAAACCUGAGGUCACGUGCGACGACCCCUUCCCUGAGGAGACGCCGGUCCCCAAGUCCUGCUCCCAGCACCGCGCCGAGUGCGAGCAGCUGCUGAGGGCCGCGGCCUUCGAGGACUGCCUGGGCCUGGUGCCGCUGGAGCCCUACGUGCAGGCCUGUGUCCUGGACCGCUGCCAGUGCCCGCCCGGAGCCUCCUGCGUGUGCAGCACCGUCGCCGAGUUCUCCCGCCAGUGCUCCCACGCCGGCGGGCGCCCGGGGAACUGGCGGACGGCCUCGUUCUGCCCCCGGACCUGCCCCGGGAACAUGGUGUACCUGGAGAGCGGCUCGCCCUGCAUGGAUACCUGCUCCCACCUGGAGGUCAGCAGCCUGUGCGAGGAGCACCACAUGGACGGCUGCUUCUGCCCCGAAGGCACUGUGUACGAUGACAUCGGGGGCCGUGGCUGUGUCCCCGUGAGCCAGUGUCCCUGCAGGCUGCACGGGGACACGUACACGCCUGGCCAGCAGGUCAGCAGCAGCUGCGAGCGAUGUGUCUGCAAGGCCGGCCGCUGGGAGUGCAGAGACCUGCCGUGCCCCGGGACCUGUGCGCUGGAGGGCGGCUCCCACAUCACCACCUUCGACGGGAAAAAGUACACCUUCCACGGGGCUUGCUACUACGUGCUGACCAAGGACGACCAGGGAGACUCCUUUGCCCUCCUGGGCGAGCUGGCCCCCUGCGGCUCCACGGACAAGCAGACCUGCCUGAAGACGGUGGUGCUGCUGGUCGACAAGAAGAAGAACGUGGUGGCCUUCAAGUCGGACGGCAGCGUCCUGCUGAACGAGCUGCAGGUGAACCUGCCCCACGUGACAGCGAGCUUCUCCAUCUUUCAACCAUCCUCCUACCACCUGGUGGUGAGCACGGCCUUCGGCCUCAGGCUGCAGGUGCAGCUGGAGCCGGUGAUGCAGCUGUUCCUGACGCUGGACCAGGCCGCCCAGGGCCGUGUGCACGGCCUCUGCGGGAACUUCAACGGCCAGGAGAACGAUGACUUCCAGACGGCGGGCGGGCUGGUGGAGGCCACGGGAGCCGGCUUCGCCAACACCUGGAAGGCCCAGCCCGGCUGCCCGGACAAGCUGGACUGGCUGGACGACCCUUGCUCCCUCAACAUCGAGAGCGCCAACUACGCCGAGCACUGGUGCUCCCUGCUGAAGAAGAAGGAGACCCCCUUCGCCCGGUGCCACUCUGUCGUGGACCCCGCCGAGUACUACAAGAGGUGCAAGUACGACACGUGCAACUGCCAGGACAACGAGGACUGCAUGUGCGCCGCCCUGUCCUCCUACGCCCGCGCCUGCGCCUCCAAGGGCGUCCUGCUCUGGGGCUGGCGGGAGCGCGUCUGCAACAAGGACGUGGGCUCCUGCCCCAAGUCGCAGGUCUUCCUGUACAACCUGACCGCCUGCCAGCAGACCUGCCGCUCGUUCUCCGAGGCCGACACCCACUGCCAGCAGGGCUUCGCCCCCGUGGACGGCUGCGGCUGCCCCGACCACACCUUCCUGGACGAGAAGGGCCACUGUGUGCCCCUGGCCAAGUGCUCCUGCUACCACCACGGCCUCUACCUGCAGGCGGGCAAAGUGGUCAUGAGGCAGGAGGAGCAAUGCGUGUGCCGCAACGCGAGACUGCACUGCACGCGGGUCAGGCUGAUCGGCCAGCGCUGUGCAGCCCCCAAGAUUCACAUCGACUGUAACAACCUGACCACGCCGGCCAUCCGGAGCCCCCGCCCCACCAGCUGCCAGACCCUGGCUGCCGGCUCUUACCAGACGGAGUGCGUCAGCGGCUGCGUGUGCCCCGAGGGGCUGCUGGACGACGGCCGCGGGGGCUGCGUCAGGGAGGAGCAGUGCCCGUGUGUGCACAACCAGGACCUGCACGCCCCCGGGAGCAAGAUCCAAGUGGACUGCAACACCUGCACCUGCCAGAGGGGGCGCUGGGCCUGCACCCAGGCCAGCUGCCACGGCAGCUGCACCAUCUACGGGAGCGGCCACUAUGUCACCUUCGACGGGAAGCUCUACGACUUCGACGGGCACUGCUCCUACGUGGCCGCUCAGGACUACUGUGGCCAGAAUUCCUCACGGGGCUCCUUCAGCAUCAUCACCGAGAACGUCCCCUGCGGCACCACGGGCGUCACCUGCUCCAAGGCCAUCAAGAUCUUCCUGGGGAGGACGGAGCUGAAGCUGGAGGACAAGCAGCUCACGGUGAUCCACCGCGACGAGGGCCACCCCGUGGCCUACACUACGCGGGAGGUGGGCCAGUACCUGGUGGUGGAGGCCAGCUCCGGCGUCAUCGUCAUCUGGGACAAGAGGACCACCGUCUUCAUCAAACUGGCGCCCUCCUACAAGGGCGCCGUGUGCGGCCUGUGCGGGAACUUCGACCAGCGCUCCAGCAACGACCUCACCACGCGGGACCACAUGGUGGUGGAGAGUGAGCUGGACUUUGGGAACAGCUGGAAGGAGACCUCCACCUGCCCGGACGUGACCGCCACCCCCGACCCCUGCCUCAGGAACCCGCACCGCCUGGCCUGGGCCCAGAAGCAGUGCAGCAUCAUCAAGGGCCCGGUCUUCCGCGUCUGCCACAGCAAGGUGGACCCCAUGCCCUUCUACGAGGCCUGCGUGCACGACUCCUGCUCUUGCGACACCGGCGGGGACUGCGAGUGCUUCUGCUCGGCGGUGGCCUCCUACGCCCAGGAGUGCACCAAGGCGGGCGCCUGCGUGUUCUGGAGGACGCCGGACCUGUGCCCCGUGUUCUGCGACUACUACAACCCUCCGGACGAGUGCGAGUGGCACUACGAGCCCUGCGGGAACCGCAGCUUCGAGACCUGCAGGACCGUCCACGGCAUCCACUCCAACAUCUCCGUGUCCUACCUGGAGGGCUGCUACCCCCGGUGCCCUGCGGACAGACCCAUCUACGACGAGGACCUGAAAAAGUGUGUCGGGAGAGACGAGUGCGGCUGCUACGUGAACGGCACCCACUACCCUCCCGGAGCGUCCGUCCCCCCCGAGAAGGACUGCCACUCUUGCGUGUGCACCAACUCCUCGGACGUCUUCUGCCAGUUCGAGGAAGGGAAGGUUCUCAACUUCACCCAGGUCGGCGCCUUCUGCUACUGGGAGAUCUGCACUCCCAAUGGCACGGAGAAGCACUUCAACAUCUGCGUGUCCACCUCGACACGCCCCACCACACCUGUGCCCGGCAGCACCACACCUGUGCCCGCCACCCCCACCACCACAACCGGCACCACCACCACAACCAGCACCACCACCACGCCGACCCCGACCCCCAAGCUCUGCUGCUUCUGGUCCGACUGGAUCAACGAGAACCACCCGGCCUCUGGGCCUGAAAGCGGGGACCAAGAAACGUUCCACAGUGUCUGCCUGGCCCCCGAGGACAUCCAGUGCCGGGCGGCCGAGAAGCCCCACCUCAGCUGGGAAGAGCUGGGCCAGAAGGUCCAGUGCGACCUCACCUCUGGCUUCAUCUGCAAAAACGAGGAGCAGUUUGGAAACGGGCCGUUUCCCAUCUGUUACGACUAUGAGAUACGCGUCAACUGCUGCCUGCCGGUGGGCGAGUGUCCUGGGUCCACACCCUCACCCCCGGCCUCCACGACCCCAACGCCCACGCCCACUGCCACCACCACGGUGACCACCACCCCCACGGCCUCACCCACGACCACAGCAACCACCACCCCCACCGCCUCGCCGACCACCCCCACCGCCUCACCAACCACCCCCACGGCCUCAUCGACCACCACGGUGACCACCACCCCCACGGCCUCGCCCACGACCCCAUGUGUGCCAAGCUGCGAAUGGACAGGCUGGAACAACUCGGGGAAACCGAACUACAACAAGCCCGGUGGGGACUUCGAAUACAUUCAUCACUUCUGUCAUUUGGGCUUCGCAGCCAACAUCUCCUGCAGAGCCACGCAGUUCCCCAACACGCCCAUCGAGCAGCUGGGGCAAGUGGUGCAGUGCGACCUCUCCGUGGGGCUGGUGUGCAGGAACGAGGACCAGGAGCUGGGGGGGGUCAUCCCACAGCCCUUCUGCCUCGACUACGAGAUCAAUGUCUACUGCUGCAAGCCGUGCGGACCCACCCACACCACCACGCCCACGGCCUCGCCCACGCCCACGGGAUCCACCACGCCCACGGCCUCGCCCACGCCCACGGCCUCGCCCACGACCACGGGAUCCACCACGCCCACGGCCUCGCCCACGACCACGGGAUCCACCACCCCCACCACCUCGCCGACCACCCCCACCAAAUCGCCGACCACCACGGUGACCACCACCCCCACGGCCUCGCCCACGACCACGGCAACCACCACCCCCACGGCCUCGCCCACGACCACCCCCACGGCCUCGCCGACCACCCCCACGGCCUCGCCGACCACCCCCACCGCCUCGCCGACCACCCCCACCAAAUCGCCGACCACCACGGUGACCACCACCCCCACGGCCUCGCCCACGACCACCCCCACGGCCUCGCCGACCACCCCCACCGCCUCGCCGACCACCCCCACCAAAUCGCCGACCACCACGGUGACCACCACCCCCACGGCCUCGCCCACGACCACCCCCACGGCCUCGCCGACCACCCCCACCGCCUCGCCGACCACCCCCACCAAAUCGCCGACCACCACGGUGACCACCACCCCCACGGCCUCACCCACGACCACGGCAACCACCACCCCCACCGCCUCGCCGACCACCCCCACAGCCUCGUCGACCACCCCCACCGCCUCGCCGACCACCCCCACGGCCUCAUCGACCACCACGGUACCACCACCCCCACCGCCUCGCCCGACCACCCCCACGGCCUCAUCGACCACCACGGUGACCACCACCCCCACCGCCUCGCCGACCACCCCACGCCCGACCACCCCCACGGCCUCGCCAACCACCACGGCGACCACCACCCCCACGGCCUCGCCCACGACCACCCCCACCGCCUCGCCGACCACCCCCACCAAAUCGCCGACCACCACGGUGACCACCACCCCCACGGCCUCGCCCACGACCACCCCCACGGCCUCUCGCCGUCACCACCCCCACCGCCUCGCCACGACCACCCCCACCACAUCGCCGACCACCACGGUGACCACCACCCCCACGGCCUCGCCAUCGACCACCCCCACGGCCUCGCCACCACCCCCACCGCCUCGCCCGACCACCCCCACCCAAUCGCCGACCACCACGGUGACCACCACGCCCACGGCCUCCCCGCCCACGGCAACCACCACCCCCACCGCCUCGCCGACCACCCCCAGCCUGACCACCACCCCCACCGCCUCGCCCACGACCACCCCCACGGCCUCAUCGACCACCACGGUGACCACCACCCCCACGGCCUCGCCCACGACCACCCCCACGGCCUCAUCGACCACCACGGUGACCACCACCCCCACCGCCUCGCCGACCACCCCCACAGCCUCGUCGACCACCCCCACGGCCUCGCCAACCACCCCCACCACCUCGCCAACCACCACGGCGACCACCACCCCCACGGCCUCGCCCACGACCACCCCCACCGCCUCGCCGACCACCCCCACCAAAUCGCCGACCACCACGGUGACCACCACCCCCACCGCCUCGCCCACGACCACGGCAACCACCACCCCCACGGCCUCACCCACGACCACGGCAACCACCACCCCCACCGCCUCAUCGACCACCACGGUGACCACCACCCCCACGGCCUCGCCCACGACCCCAUGUGUGCCAAGCUGCGAAUGGACAGGCUGGAACAACUCGGGGAAACCGAACUACAACAAGCCCGGUGGGGACUUCGAAUACAUUCAUCACUUCUGUCAUUUGGGCUUCGCAGCCAACAUCUCCUGCAGAGCCACGCAGUUCCCCAACACGCCCAUCGAGCAGCUGGGGCAAGUGGUGCAGUGCGACCUCUCCGUGGGGCUGCCCUUCUGCCUCGACUACGAGAUCAAUGUCUACUGCUGCAAGCCGUGCGGACCCACCCACACCACCACGCCCACGGCCUCGCCCACGCCCACGGGAUCCACCACGCCCACGGCCUCGCCCACGCCCACGGGAUCCACCACGCCCACGGCCUCGCCCACGACCACAGGGACCCCUACACCCACACCCACAGCGACCCUGACACCCACCACGACCUCCACGACAACCACACCAACACCCACACCCACAGCGACCCCAACACCCACCACGACCUCCACCACAACGACACCAACACCCACGCCCACAGGGACCCCAACACCCACGCCCACAGGGACCCCGACACCCACCACGACCUCCACCACAACGACACCAACACCCACACCCACAGCGACCCCAACACCCACCACGACCUCCACGACAACCACACCAACAACCACACCCACAGGGACCCCGACACCCACCACAACCUCCACCACAAUGACACCAACACCCACGCCCACAGGGACCCCAACACCCACGCCCACAGGGACCCCAACACCCACCACGACCUCCACGACAACGACACCAACACCCACGCCCACAGGGACCCCAACACCCACCACAACCUCCACCACAAUGACACCAACACCCACGCCCACAGGGACCCCAACAUCCACACCCACAGCGACCCCGACACCCACCACGACCUCCACGACAACGACACCAACACCCACGCCCACAGGGACCCCAACCCCCACCACGACCUCCACGACAAUGACACCAACACCCACGCCCACAGGGACCCCAACAUCCACACCCACAGGGACCCCGACACCCACCACGACCUCCACGACAACGACACCAACACCCACGCCCACAGGGACCCCAACACCCACCACGAUCUCCACGACAACCACACCAACACCCACGCCCACAGGGACCCCAACACCCACCACGACCUCCACGACAAUGACACCAACACCCACGCCCACAGGGACCCCAACAUCCACGCCCACAGGGACCCCGACACCCACCACAACCACCACGACAAUGACACCAACACCCACGCCCACAGGGACCCCAACAUCCACACCCACAGGGACCCCGACACCCACCACGACCUCCACGACAACGACACCAACACCCACGCCCACAGGGACCCCCCCACCCCCCCACAAGACACCAACACCCACACCGACAGGGACCCCACACCCAGGGACCCCGACACCCACCACGACCUCUACCACAACGACACCAACACCCACGCCCACAGGGACCCCAACACCCACACCCACAGGGACCCCAACACCCACCACGACCUCUACCACAACGACACCAACACCCACGCCCACAGGGACCCCAACAUCCACACCCACAGGGACCCCGACACCCACCACGACCUCCACCACAACGACACCAACACCCACGCCGACAGGGACCCCAACACCCACACCCACAGGGACCCCGACACCCACCACGACCUCUACCACAACGACACUAACACCCACGCCCACAGGGACCCCAACAUCCACACCCACAGGGACCCCGACACCCACCACGACCUCCACGACAAUGACACCAACACCCACGCCCACAGGGACCCCAACACCCACGCCCACAGGGACCCCGACACCCACCACGACCUCCACGACAACGACACCAACACCCACGCCCACAGGGACCCCAACACCCACGCCCACAGGGACCCCGACACCCACCACGACAUCUACCACAAUGACACCAACACCCACGCCUACAGGGACCCCAACAUCCACACCCACAGGGACCCCGACACCCACCACGACCUCUACCACAACGACACCAACACCCACACCGACAGGGACCCCGACACCCACCACGACCUCCACCACAAUGACACCAACACCCACACCGACAGGGACCCCAACACCCACACCCACAGGGACCCCGACACCCACCACGACCUCCACGACAAUGACACCAACACCCACGCCCACAGGGACCCCAACAUCCACACCCACAGGGACCCCGACACCCACCACGACCUCUACCACAACGACACCAACACCCACGCCCACAGGGACCCCAACAUCCACACCCACAGGGACCCCGACACCCACCACGACAUCUACCACAAUGAAACCAACACCCACGCCUACAGGGACCCCAACAUCCACACCCACAGGGACCCCGACACCCACCACGACCUCUACCACAACGACACCAACACCCACGCCCACAGGGACCCCAACAUCCACACCCACAGGGACCCCGACACCCACCACGACCUCCACGACAACGACACCAACACCCACGCCCACAGGGACCCCAACACCCACGCCCACAGGGACCCCGACACCCACCACGACCUCCACCACAACGACACCAACACCCACGCCCACAGGGACCCCGACACCCACCACGACCUCCACCACAACGACACCAACACCCACGCCCACAGGGACCCCGACACCCACCACGACCUCCACCACAACGACACCAACACCCACGCCCACAGGGACCCCAACACCCACGCCCACAGGGACCCCGACACCCACCACGACCUCCACCACAAUGACACCAACACCCACGCCGACAGGGACCCCAACACCCACACCCACAGGGACCCCGACACCCACCACGACCUCUACCACAACGACACCAACACCCACGCCCACAGGGACCCCAACAUCCACACCCACAGGGACCCCGACACCCACCACGACCUCCACCACAACGACACCAACACCCACGCCCACAGGGACCCCGACACCCACCACGACCUCCACCACAACGACACCAACACCCACGCCCACAGGGACCCCAACACCCACACCCACAGGGACCCCGACACCCACCACGACCUCCACCACAACGACACCAACACCCACGCCCACAGGGACCCCAACACCCACACCCACAGGGACCCCGACACCCACCACGACCUCCACCACAACGACACCAACACCCACGCCCACAGGGACCCCAACAUCCACACCCACAGGGACCCCGACACCCACCACGACCUCCACCACAACGACACCAACACCCACGCCCACAGGGACCCCAACACCCACGCCCACAGGGACCCCAACACCCACCACGACCUCCACGACAAUGACACCAACACCCACGCCCACAGGGACCCCAACACCCACGCCCACAGGGACCCCGACACCCACCACGACCUCCACCACAACGACACCAACACCCACGCCCACAGGGACCCCAACACCCACGCCCACAGGGACCCCGACACCCACCACGACCUCCACGACAACGACACCAACACCCACGCCCACAGGGACCCCAACACCCACGCCCACAGGGACCCCGACACCCACCACGACCUCCACGACAACGACACCAACACCCACGCCCACAGGGACCCCAACACCCACGCCCACAGCGACCCCGACACCCACCACGACCUCCACGACAACGACACCAACACCCACGCCCACAGGGACCCCGACACCCACGCCCACAGCGACCCCAACACCCACACCGACAGGGACCCCCGCGCCCACGCCCACCACCACCAGCACGUCUGUCACUGUGCCGCACCCCACUCGUCCUUCCACCGAAUGCUGCUAUUUGAACGGCACGUACUACGCCCCAGGUGAGACGGUGUACAACGGCACUCACGGGGACACCUGCUACUACGCCAACUGCUCGCUGAACUGCUCCAUCGAGAUCUUCGACUGGCCGUGUCCGUCCACACCGCCCCCCAAGCCCACCCCACCCAAGCCGACGCCCUCUGCCACACCCAGCCCGCCGCCCAGCAGCAAGCCCCCUGGGUGCCCGGACUUCGAUCCUCCCAGACAGGAGAACGAGACGUGGUGGCUGUGUAACUGCACCAUGGCCGUCUGCAAGCACGACAACACCGUGGAGCUGGUGCCGGUGGAGUGCAAGCCCCCGCCCAAGCCCACCUGCUCCAACAACCUGGCGCCCGUGCGCGUCAUGGACCCCGACGGCUGCUGCUGGCACUGGGAGUGCGACUGCUACUGCACGGGUUGGGGAGACCCCCACUACGUCACCUUCGACGGGCUGUACUACAGCUACCAGGGCAACUGCACGUACGUGCUGGUGGAGGAGGUCACCCCCAACGUGGACAACUUCGGGGUCUACAUCGACAACUACCACUGCGACGUCCACGACCAGGUGUCCUGCCCCCGCACGCUCAUCGUGCGCCACGAGACCCAGGAGGUGCUGAUGAAGACGGUGCAGAUGGCGCCCAUGAAGGUGCAGGUGCAGGUCAACAAGCAGGCCGUGGCCCUGCCCUACAAGAAGUUCGGGCUGCACGUGUACGAGUCCGGCAUCAACUUCGUGGUGGACAUCCCUGAGUUGGGCGCGGUCAUCUCCUACAACGGCCUCUCCUUCUCCAUCCGGCUGCCCUACCAGCGGUUCGGCAACAACACCAAGGGCCAGUGCGGCACCUGCAACAACAACACGCAGGACGACUGCGUGCUGCCCAGCGGGGAGGUCAUCUCCAACUGCGAGGUCGCCGCCGACCAGUGGGUGGUGAACGACCCCACCAAACCGCACUGUCCCCACGGCGGCUUCACCACCAGGCGCCCGGCCACCACGGCUGCGGGUGGCAGCACCGCUGCCCCACACAAGAACUGCUCGUCCCCUCUCUGCGAACUCAUCAAGGACAGCCUGUUCGCCCCGUGCCACGCCCUGGUGCCCCCGCAGCACUACUACGAAGCCUGCGUGUUCGACACCUGCUUCGUGCCCAACGGAAACAUGGAGUGUGCCAGCCUGCAGACCUACGCAACCCUCUGUGCCCAGCAGGGCGCCUGCAUCGACUGGCGGAACCGCACCCACGGCACCUGCCCGCUGGUGUGCCCACCUCACAGGGAGUACCGGGCCUGUGGCCCCGUGCAGGAGCCCACCUGCAAGUCCAGCUGCCCGCAGAACGACACCAAGCAGGUGGAAGGCUGCUUCUGUCCUGAGGGCACCAUGAGCUACGCGCCCGGCGUCGACGUCUGCGUGGAUGUGUGCGGCUGCGUGGGACCCGACAACGUGCCCAGAGAGUUUGGGGAGCACUUCGAGUUCGACUGCAAGGACUGCGUCUGCCUGGAGGGGGGAAACGGCAUCAUCUGUCAGCCCAAGAAGUGCAGCCAGAAGCCCCCGGCCCAGUGCUCCGAGGACGGCACCUACCUGGUCACCGAAGUCGACCCUUCGGACACCUGCUGCAACAUCACCACCUGCAAGUGCAACACCAGCCUGUGCACGGCGAAGCCCCCACAGUGUCCACUGGGCUUCGAGGUGAAGAGCGAGCUGCUGCCCGGGAAGUGCUGCCCCUUCUACUCCUGCGUGCCCAAGGGCGUGUGCGUGGUUGGGAGCGCUGAGUACCAGCCCGGCUCCCCAGUGCACUCCUCCAAGUGCCAGGUGUGCGUCUGCACCAACGUCACGGACAGCGCCACGCAGCUCAAGAAAGUGUCCUGCAAACACGUGCCCUGCAACAACGUCUGCAGCCCCGGCUUCGGGCUGGUGAACGUCCCGGGCGAGUGCUGCCCCAAGUGCGAGCAGACCGAGUGCAUCAUCAGCAGGCCCGGCGCCGGGCCCCUGGUCCUGAAGCCCGGGGACUUCAAGAGCGACCCCACGAACAACUGCACCUUCUUCAGCUGUGUGAAAAUCCACAACCAGCUCAUCUCGUCCGUCUCCAACAUCACCUGCCCCGACUUCGACCCCAGAGACUGCGUCCCGGGCUCCAUCACCCUCAUGCCCAACGGCUGCUGCAAGAAAUGCAUCCCACGCAACGAGACCAGGAUCCCCUGCUCCACCGUCCCGAUCACCCGGGAGAUCUCCGACGGCGGCUGCACCAGGAGGGUCACCAUGAAUUACUGCACCGGGUCCUGCGGGACUUUCGCCAUGUACUCGGCCGAGGCGCAGGCCCUGGACCACCGGUGCUCCUGCUGCAAGGAGGAGCGCACCAGCCAGCGGGAGGUGCAGCUGCUCUGCCCGGACGGCAGCCGGCGCCGGCACACCUACACCCACAUCGAGAGCUGCCUGUGCCAGGACACCGCCUGCGAGCUCCUGCCGGCGGGGCGCAGGGCCCCGGGCCGCGGCCCGCGCGCCGGGCGGGGCUGA